UGCAUGCAUAAGCUGUAAUCAUUGCUUGUUAGUCGCGUGUGAAGUUGUUAUCCAAACAUACAAUGAUUAUUAUAUUCAAAUUGAAGUGGUUUCCUUUGUUUAUUUGUUUAAUUCAAGUUGUAUUUGCAAAUGGAAGCCUACCAGGAUCAUGCCCGGUGAUCAUUUCUCGCACAGAAUGGGGCGCUAAAGUUGCGAAACAAGUCGAAUAUUCUUUGAUUCCUGUCCAAUACGUCGUUAUCCAUCAUACGGUUACACCCAAAUGCGAAACGGAAGUAGAAUGCUCUGAUUUGUUAUCGAAUAUUCAGAAUUUUCAUAUGAAUGAUUUGGAUUUUCAUGAUAUCGGAUAUAAUUUUAUGAUUGGUGGUGAUGGAUAUGUUUAUGAAGGCGCAGGAUGGCACAAAGUGGGUGCACACACAAGAGGCUACAACUCGCGAUCAAUUGGUAUUGCAUUUAUUGGAAAUUUUAUAGAAAGUUUGCCAAAUCGCAAGCAGCUUGACGCCGCAAAACGAUUGCUACAAUGCGGUGUGGAUUUAGGUGAACUGAGUGAUCGUUACAAGUUAAUUGGAGCUCGCCAGGUUAGCAGUACACAGAGUCCAGGCUUAAAAUUGUACCAAGAGAUACAAAAGUGGAAAAAUUUCGCUAAAGUUCCAUAAAAAAGAGAAUUAAAAUGUUUGAUUGUGCAAUAUAUUGUACCUACAUAUAAAUUUAAUAUAGACUACUUUUUAUACACUUAUAACCUGUAGUUUGGAAAUAAACAACUCUGUUCGUUUUGCUACGAA